AUGAAAUACUUCAGUUGGUCGGUCAUCACAAUUGUGGGUUUUGCAGGCAGUACAAUCGCCCAGGACUUGGGCCCAUCGCUAUAUAACCCACCGAAGCAAAACUUCACCCAAAAGCUCAACCAUGGCUCAAAUGACAACACUACCUUCCAACAACAAUAUCAGAUUAAUACAGCAUUCUUCAAGCCUGGUGGACCAAUUUUAUUCCACCAGAGCGAGGAAGGACCACUGGUACCCCUCAAUAGUAGUGUCUUCACGGACUACGCGCCAGAACUUGGGGCUUUGGUGGCAACUCUCGAGCAUCGGUUCUUUGGAACCAGCUUCCCUGCGGGUUCGGCCUACAACAAUGUUACCACGGAGGCAUAUGCGCCGCUUACUCUUGGCAAUGUCAUGCAAGAUAGUAUCGAAUUCGUGAACUGGAUCCGGCAGACUACGCCAGGUGCUGAAAACAGCAAAGUCAUAUACACAGGUGGCUCAUACGGUGGCUUCCUUACAGCUAUCGCUCUUGUCCAACACUCUGAUACAUUCUAUGGCGGUAUUUCGGGGUCCCCUGGCCUUACAAGCUGGGGCCUAAGUCUCACUUUGGAAGACAAUCCAUUCAGGUACGGAGCCAGUGACUGGGUCUCGAAUGUGUACUACGAUGCAAACUACGCUGCCGCGUUGAGAAUCAAGGAUGCAUUGAACGAGCUCAAAAUGCCAUUCCAGACCUCAUCCAGCAAUUUAGACUGGUCAAAUAUUUUGAAUGUUGUGCUCGUUCAGCAGUACGACGAGUUUGCGCAGUUUAAUUUUCCCACCAAAACCGAAAUAAUCGAAAUUGCCCUAGCCUUGGAGGUUGUCAUCAACCAGACACUCGCAGCCAAUUCGACAGGCGAGCUCCUCCGCGCUCCUAUCCUAAUGGGUAAUAGUAUUUACAAUGGUACGGGCUGUGCGGACUGGGAAAAUUAG